AUGGAGAUAAAAUGGGAAGAAGAGCCAGUGCACCUGAAGCCUCAAGUCAUGUCCUGCAACACCCAGUGCCGUCCCUGCCAGCCCUGUGGCCCCACUCCACUGGCCAACAGCUGCAAUGAGUGCUGUGUCAGGCAGUGCCAGGACUCCACUGUUGUCAUUGAGCCGCCUGCUGUGGUGGUGACCCUGCCUGGCCCCAUCCUCAGCUCCUUCCCACAGAACACCGUGGUGGGAUCCUCCACCUCCGCUGCUGUUGGCAACAUCCUCAGCUCUGAUGGAGUGCCCAUCAACUCUGGUGGCUUUGACAUCUCCUGCAUCACCAGGCGCUAUGGUGGAAGGAGGGGCCUCCCCUGUUAA